AUGUCUGGUUCAUUGUUAUUCACGGAUAACGACGACACAGAUAAUCUUGAUAUAUCUUCUAAUCCAAUACAUUCAUCAAGAGAACUUACAGAAGAAGAAAAACAAGACGAACAAGUCAAUAUAUGGUCUCGAUUAUCUCUGACAGAAAAUCAUUCAUUUUUUACAAUUAUUAAACGACUUUGUAUUUAUUGGCAUCGAAUUUUAUUAAAUAAAAUUCGUCUUAUAUUUACUCUUAUAUUUAUGUCAAUGCUCAAUAUUACAGCACGGAUCGCGUGUUUCACGCGUCGACAAGCACCAUCUUCAUCACCAUCCUCAUCAUCAGCUUCAUUUAAUUCUCUAGCGAUUUCAUCAUCAUCAUCAACUGGAACUCUUCAAGAAGAUUCCAACGAUUCAUCAACACCUCUCUUAUUUAUCGAUAAAACACAUAAACAACCUAUUCAUUUGCCAUCAUUACAAAAUUCAAAGAUGGCACAUAUGUUAGUUCAACAACAAACACAUCGGUCACCAAAUAUAAGUAUACAUCGAUCUGUAUCAUCACAAAAAGAUUCAACAUUACCAAUGUCACAUUCAGUAGAUGAUAGAUUGUUUUCAAAAGAUUCGUCAACACGAUUAUUACAUUUAUUAACACGAUUUGCAUCCGAUCCACAUAUGUCACAACAUAAUAUACAAUCUACAAAUACAAAUGGAUAUAUUAGUAAAUCUCCUGUAAUUUUUGCUUUGUCAUCACCGAUAUCUGAGCCGUGUCUAAAAUUAAAUGAAUCCGAUAAUCAUGAAAUACAUUUUUUAAGCUGUGAUAAAAUUCAACCGGUGUCUACCUCUAAAACAGAAGAUUUAGAAUGUGAUAAAAUAGAUAAUAUAAAAUUGACUACGAUUGAACCUUUAUCGGAACAAGUAACAGCAAUAAAUACUGAUUCGAAAAGUCAACAAUUAGAUGAAGAUAUUCAACUUGAUUCAAGUCCAACUAUAAAUGGUAAUGAUAUGAAUACUGAACGACAUUUUCGUAGACGAAAAAGACGUUCAUCAUUAACGAAAAAUUCCUUCUCACUUGAUGAUACAUCACCAACAAUCAAUCUAUUGGAUACAUUUAAUAUUAAUGAAUCGGAAUCACCAGAACUUAAACAAAAUGAUGAUAAACAAGAUGUGAAUAUUAUUGAAACAAAACCUUCUACAAAUGAGGAAAUCAAUGAGACAACUGUUACAGAGGAAUCGCCAACUUCAGUUAGUCGAUAUCGAGGAAGAAGAUUAAGACAUCGAUUUUAUCGUCAGUCAGCUUCAGCUUCAUCACCACAAGAGGUUUCUCCUACUAGUCCACCUGAUUUUUAUCUAGCUAAUGAAGCAUUAAAUAUUGAAACAACUAGAACUUAUUCACCAUCUCAAUCAUCACCAAUAACUAUAUCACCACUUGCAUCAUCUAUUUCUCCAACCUUAACAAUAGUUUCACAUAAUAAAGUAACUCCAAAUGGAUCAACCGGUGGUCUUAAACGUACGAAUUCAAUAGGAACAACAAAAAAAAAUGUUCGUUUUGCUGAUACUGUUGGUCGUGAAUUAACACAAGUGCAAUAUAUCAAUUCGAAAUUACAUGAUGAAACAAAAGAAUUCUCAUUUUUACUAGGCUCAUCAUUAUUAUCAUCAUCACCACCAUCAUUUACAAAAAAUAAUCUUUAUAUACCAAAUACAUCACGUUUAGAACAUAAACCAUGGUCAUUUGAUGUUGCCUUAGCACCAAAAUUAUCAAUGAAAGAAACAUCAUUUCCAAAAAGAUUCUUUUGUUUAUAUCGUCAACCAAAUUCUGAACAUCCAGAUAUUUAUCUACAUGAAAUAUGGAAAUCUCAAAUAAAAUUAGAAUAUGCUGAUAUACCUUUAAAGUGCUCAUUAUCCGGUAUACAACAACUUAUGGGUACAUUAUGGGUAACAAAUGCUAGUUAUUGGAAAAAUGUAACUAUUAAAUAUACAUUUAAUCGUUGGUUAAAUACAUAUGAACGUGAAGCUCAACAUCGUUGUCAUUCGAAUGAUUAUCGUAAUAUAGAUCAAUUUGAAUUUUUUAUUGAUAUACCUGAAGAUGUUGAUCGAAUUGAUUUUGUUUUACGUUAUUGUGUUAAUGGACAAGAACAUUGGGAUAAUAAUGAAGGAAAAAAUUAUACUUUACAAACAGAAGCUGCUUAUACACCUUCAACAAUAAUUUCAUUGCCACAUGAUUGUGAUUUUAAUGAAAUGAGAUUUUAUUGA